CACUUUCAUCCUUGGGAUCGUUAUUCGCACACCACAACAGUCUCCUACAGAUGGAAGGCAGGAAACAGAAAUGGAGUUUUGCUUGUAGUAGAUGAUAAAGCAGAUAUUCAACAUCUCACCCACUGAUUUCAUAUAUCAAUAAAAUCUUACGCACUAAUAUUUUCCCAGAUAAAAAGUAAAAGAAGUAGGGGUGCGGAGAGAAAAAAGACACAAAAAACCCCACCAUCUCUAAAGUUCUCCGUUUUUAUCUCAUCAACUCUCACCAGUAUUAUUUCUGUAAAAGAAAAUCCUCUCCUCGUAUUAUUUAACAUCAGAAUCACUUCCGACCCAAUGUUUUUAGCGUUAGGCAUUCUCAGAAGGCCAGGUUGCCUACCUCGCAAGCAUGUGAGGAAAAAAUGAACGCUUUUCCUGACCCCGAAAGGGCGGGCUCCCACAUGUGACAAAAUAAUGAGAAAGCUGUACUGUAUAUGUAAGCUUUAUUGUGAAUUAUGAUUAUCAUCUGACCAGCAAAAAGUGUACCAAGGAUUACUGGAGGCAAACGCAUUCGCUGACACGCCCAACACCGCCAUCCACCGCCAUUACCGUCGUCCGUGUCCUUGGUCGCGCCUGAGGUCGGGGAAGAGGUGACAGAACCUCCCGCGCUCGGUGCCUUCUCGCUGGCUGGAAAGUUCGAAGUGAAACGAGUCGCAUCAGCGAAGAGGAGGGGGCGGCGGUCUUCAACAAGCCUAACAACAAUCCCUGCUCCUAUAGCAACAGAAAACAUUCCGCCGCACGCUGCCGCCACUGUUCACUAGCUUCUCGCUGGCUGUUGCUCUGGAGCGCGCGGAGAGAAAAAUGCGGAGAUUAGAGAGAGGCGGCCCUAAUUGCCUCCCUUCAGCCAAUCGAAAGGGAGACCAACGCCGGUGAUUGCUGGCUGCUUGACCAAAGAAGCGGUGGUGGGUGCUUAUCAGCCCCGCGAGAGUCAAGUAUUAAUUAAAUCAAACUAUGGAUGGAAACAAAAAACUUUCAACAGGUGUUUAUUCAAUACAAGAUUCUAAUGAAGCAAGCUGUAGCAAUGUCAGCCUGGAUACUGACACACAAGUUUUAGAGAGUCUACGUCAAAAACAAAAAUUAUCUUGCAGCUGUACGGACAGCCAUCCUCUCUUCAGUCAUAAUCGAAAAAAUGCACAAUUUCCAUGCCCAGCUAAAAAAAGUAUGCUCAGACUGAUCUAUAAUUUGAUAGUUCUAAGUCUAAUAACUCCAUUCUGCUUAAUGAAAAAACUCUUCUGCGUUAUAUCAAGUGGGAGCUGUACUCAGAAAAUUAUUGCUUGGGUGACCCUAUUCCUGUUGCUUUUUGGUGCUACUUACCUGGGACUGCUUGAUGGAAACUGGCUGUCUGGAGAUGAGUGGAAAGAUUGUUCUAUUUGUGAUCUCAUCCAGGGUGGAACCAAAAACCUGAAAUCCUUGAAGAAAGCUAAUCACAUUUUACAAUCAAAGGCACUUGAAAUCCAAUUUCCGAAGGAGCAGAAACAAAAGUUGCAAAUGCAACUUCAAGAUCUAAAACUGACUAUAAACAAUAUUGUCUAUAAUACAGUUAGUCAAAUAUUAGAAGGAUAUGCAAGCAAAGGCAUUAGAAGAUGGAAUAUUGAAAUAAUUCUUAAAAAAUUAGAACAAAAGUUGGAUGAAGAUGUUGUUCAGAUGACAGAUUAUGCACUCCAAUCUGCAGGUGCCACUAUUGUUCAGUCCAGAACCACUAGAAGCUACCACUAUCCUGAUGGAAACUAUUCCUGGAUGUCACUCAUUAUAUUCCCUUUCGUGAAACCACCAGAUGUAAUUCUUCAGCCCAGUUAUCACCUUGGAAAUUGCUGGUCUUUUCCUGGAAGUCAAGCUGAAACUGUUAUCAGAUUAGCUAAAGAAAUUAUUCCAAGGGCUGUUACAAUACAACAUAUAUCUAAGAAAGUCUCCCCCACAGACAAGAUCUCUAGUGCUCCCAAAGAUUUUGCUAUUUAUGGACUAAAAGCAGAAGAGGAGAAACAAGGAACUUUCUUGGGUCAGUUUACAUAUGACAUGGAAGGAUUCUUAAUUCAAACAUUCCAGUUGAAAAAUGAAUCUUCUGAAUUAAUGAGAUACAUAAAGCUGAAAGUGAUAAACAACUGGGGUCAUCCUAAGUAUACUUGCAUUUAUCGGCUUAGAGUGCAUGGCGAUCCAAGUUCAUCUAAGAAUUCUGUAGAUGAUCAUGCUAAUAAAAGAUGAAAUGAUAGCAGUCCAAUGACAAGUUAUUGUAAUUUUCCCAAGCUUCUCAUUCUAUAACUAAAAUGGAAAAAUGCAUUCUAGGAAGCUGAUCUAUUCUUAUAUUAUUUCAUAAUAGUAUUUCUAUUUCUAUUAUGAAAUAUAGGUAGCUCUCGACUUAUGAUCACA